AUGACAGCAGCUGACCAAAAGGAAUUAGAAAGUUUGUUUGCACGUGCAAUUUAUUUUACAGGUAUUCCUUUUAACAUUCUUAAAAAUGAAGAUAUAAAAGUUUUUUUUGCAAAAGCUUGUCCUUUAUUCAAAUUACCUACUCGUCAAAGCCUUUCAACCACUCUUCUUGAUCAAGAAUGUAAGGAUAUCAGGACUGUUACAAAUCAUUUACUUAACAAAACACAAUAUUUUUGUCUCACAACUGAUGGACUUGUGAGAGAAGAAAAUGCUAGUCAAGUAUUAAAUGAAUUAGUAGAAUAUGUUAGCCAAACAGGUGGAUUUGCAAAAAGAUAUUUGUGGGGUAAUAUAAAAGAAAAGCCAAUAAAUUGGUGGAAUUUAUUAAAGGCACAAUAUCUAAUAUUAAGUCAAGUGGCUUUUAAAAUUCUUUUGAUACCUGUAACCUUAGCUGCUAAUAAGCAAAAUUGGUCAGCUUUUAGUUUUAUCUAUACUAAAUUAUGCAAUCAAUUACAUAAUGAAAGAGUAGAAAAAAUUGUGUUUAUAUAUUGGAAUCUUAAAAUUUUGUGA